GACAGACCGAGCAAGUAAAAACAAACAAACACACACACGCCCCCCCAAAAUAACCUCACCGAUUUAUGUGUUUUUGCAUUUUAGUAGCUUCUACCCAGGGAGUGAAAUCCGGGCAGGUUGUUAUAGCUACCCUAAUCCACAGGGGUUCCCCCCCCCCGUCUAUUUAAACCCCCUAAAUCUUCCUUCCCCCUUUUUAAAACUACAUUUUAUCUCUGGCUUGUGGGCCAACAUGCCCCUAAUGAGUAUUAAAACACUAUCUCCUUGCAAUUAGCUCAUUCCUGCCUUCCCGCUCCUGAUUGACAGAGCGAGCAGGAGCACCAGAAUUCUCCCUUUGGCAAUAAGUGCUGAUUGGGUCCUUCUACAGAGAGCGACUUCAAACUUUUUUUUCUUUGCUUUUUUUCUUUUUUUUUUUCUUUUUUUUUUUUUUUUAAUAUUUGCCUUCAGUGUCUUGGCUGAGCGAAGAGUUUUUUUACCUCUCUGGGAUUUUUUUUUUUUUUUCUCGAGAGGAGUUGGGGAAGGAAGAGAGAGGAUUAUUUACCUGGUUGGGCUGAGUUCAUUUGAUUUGAUUUGGUUUUUAUUCAAACAAUCAUCGUAAAGCAGAAGAAAGGAAAGCGUUGGCAACUCUGGUUGAAUUUAAAACAAAAAACAACCCCCCCCCAAAAAACUUUUCAUCAACUUUUGGCGAUGGGCUGGUUUGGAUAUUUCCUGUUUCUUUGUGGGCUGAGUCGAGCUAUGUCAAGUUACCCAAUCUGGUGGUCCUUGGCCAUCGGUCACCAGUAUUCCUCCCUGGGGACUCAGCCCAUCCUCUGCGGCAGCAUCCCAGGGCUGGUCCCCAAGCAGCUGCGCUUCUGUCGGAACUAUGUGGAGAUCAUGCCCAGCGUGGCGGAAGGGGUCAAGAUUGGGAUCCAGGAGUGCCAGCACCAGUUUCGUGGGAGGAGGUGGAAUUGCACCACCGUCAAUGACAGCCUGGCCAUAUUUGGGCCUGUGCUAGAUAAAGCUACCCGGGAGUCGGCCUUCGUCCACGCCAUUGCCUCCGCGGGCGUUGCUUUUGCGGUGACCAGAUCCUGUGCCGAGGGCUCGGCCACCAUCUGCGGCUGCGAUACCCGCCACAAGGGGCCCCCCGGGGAAGGCUGGAAAUGGGGAGGCUGCAGCGAGGAUGUGGAGUUUGGGACCAUGGUGUCUCGAGAGUUCGCGGAUGCCCGGGAAAACAGGCCAGAUGCUCGGUCAGCCAUGAACAGGCACAACAAUGAAGCUGGGAGGACAUCCAUUAUUGAUCACAUGCAUCUGAAGUGCAAAUGUCAUGGUCUGUCAGGCAGCUGUGAGGUGAAGACAUGCUGGUGGUCCCAGCCAGACUUCAGGGUCAUCGGUGACUAUCUCAAGGACAAGUACGACAGCGCUUCUGAAAUGGUGGUGGAGAAGCAUCGGGAGUCCCGUGGCUGGGUCGAGACGCUCAGGCCCAAGUACAACUUCUUCAAGGCCCCAACUGAGAGAGACUUGGUUUACUAUGAGAACUCACCAAACUUUUGUGAGCCAAACCCCGAGACGGGCUCCUUUGGGACCCGUGACCGGAUCUGCAACGUCACCUCCCACGGGAUAGACGGAUGCGACCUUCUGUGCUGCGGCCGCGGGCACAACACAAGGACUGAGAAACGGAAAGAGAAGUGCCACUGUAUCUUCCACUGGUGCUGCUACGUCAGUUGUCAGGAAUGCAUACGAGUCUACGAUGUUCACACGUGCAAGUAAAGCGGGAAUUCCCUGGACAGGCUCCGUGCGGAGAAACGGAUUUGAGCCUGCUUCUUCUGAGGUUGUGUAGAUGGGAAACAUCUACUUUUUUUUUAUAGUAAAAGAAAAAAUAAAAAAGGCUAAAACUGGCUGGAUAGAAUAGAUCUAAUGACUUCUUGGUCAUCCCAAGAUGUAUCUGGAGGCUAACAUUACAAAUAUGGAACUCCAUGCAAAAUGAUUAUGCACCGGUUAAGAGACUGUGAUUCCUUUAACUACCCAACAGCACAGAACUGCAGAGAAAAUUAUUAGCGGGAGCAUGAUUCUUUGCUCUUCUCUCUACUAACCUGAAGAGACUCAUGCUAUUAAGUGUCCUUUGAAAGACUUGCAACUUCCUAAACACCUCCUGUUCCCAACCCAAUAGGAAGAGGUGAUGUCAGACAAUAGCUCUCAACGUACUGAGAUCCUUUCCAAGCCCCAGCAACCAGAGUCUGUGUGCAACAUGAAUGGCAAAUAAUUAAAAUAAAAUAAAAUAUUCAAGUCAUUAAAAAACAAACAAACAAACAAACCCUUCUUCCACGUCUUCCAGGAACAGGGAAAUUCUGCAAACAUUCCUUAGUGCUGUAGAAUGGACGAGCUCUUAGAAUGAACUUUUUAACAUAGUGGUUUCUGCCAGAUUUGACAUAGGACACAGGGACCCAUUUAGUCCCUUCUGCAGAGAAAGAGACUGCUGACGAAUUACUGCUAAGGUCCCACUGACACCAGUGCAAAAGGUGUGGUAGAUGCUGUGAUCUCUAGACACAUGGUGCACGUCGUAUGUAAAAACUCAGUGCCCAGAAGGGGACCCAGCAAAUGCAUGGCCACAGAGACUGAGAUGGCUCUUUUUCCUCAGCAGACACACCAGCAGACAUUGACCCAACUAUGGCCUCUGGAGGCAGGGGUGUGACUCAGCCGAUUAGAAGGAGGAUGCCCGUUGAGACGUGCAGUGGGGUAGGGCACAAACCACCUGUGAUUAAGGUGAUGAGGACAUCGUUUCUUUGCACCAGAAGCCAGCAAGGAAAGGAGAGCAGAAAAGGUGUUUCCCCACCUCUGCUUAAGAAACAAAGUAACAUUGGAAAGUGCACUUAGUUCAUUUCAUCCUUUCUGUCCAGCACAUGCAGGCUAAUUCGGGGGGCUCAGCAGAACCCUCAGAACAGAACUCUGUUGGGAACAGCGGUUCUGAAGGACUGCGCGUUAUGUGUUGCUAGACAAACCGUGAACUGGAACAGCCUUGGACUCUGGCCAAGUUUGGAGCCAGAUCCAACCUCCGCCACUAGUGUCUCUAUAACAGGCCAAAUCAAAACCCUAGUGUCUGAACCGCCCUCGACCUGGGGAAAGUUAGGCUCCAGAUCCAAACCCUAACUCUGCAGCACAGCCCUAUCUCUGCUGUUAAACCGUUUCUCCUCUUUGACUCCAUCCCUUGCCUGUGUUGCAAGCUGUCAUACCUCUGAGACCUAGAUUGGGCUUGCCAAUUUACCGUAACAAAUGUAAUUUGCUGUGUGAUCAUCCGGGCCCCACCUGCGGUUGUGGGUUCUCAGGCCUGACUCUCCACUCCCUCAAACUGGCUUUUACAGCAGUAUAACCCUAUUGGCUUGGGUUGCAUUAUUCCUGAUUUCCACUGGUGUCAGUGAGAGGCUAAUGAAGCACAGAGUCUUGGCACACUUAGCCUUUGCUUCCUUCAUGUCUCACCCUCUUUUCCCCACCCGCUGGGGGUCCAUCUAGAGAAAUGGGAAAUGGACUGAUUUUUUAAAAAUUUUUUUGGCCAUCAAGCAUUGCAGAAAUGGAAAUGAGGACUGACUGCCGUGGGAGCUGGAUCAUGAUGGGCUAGGUUGGGACUGCACACCUGAGUGGGGAAAUACAAGCACCCCCUCGAUCCCAGAUGCUGGCUUGCUCUCUGCAACCCGAGCAGGUGAGUGGGGAGAAUACAGCCGAGACAAGGAAUGAACGGAGCUUAAUCCCAACAGGGCGGGAGUUGUGCCCCGGAGGCAUGUCUCUGAGUCCCAGCGCCUCCCGGACUAUUUCUAAAUUGAGCUGCGCCCAGAGGCACAAGCUAGCCCUCAGGAUUGACGGGGUCAAUUUUGUCUACUCUGUGUGUAAAGGCUGACUGAUGCCAGAGUGACUUCAUCUGUGGUUUAGAAAAAGAAGAGAAGGUAUAAAUAGAGAAUUAGGCAUGGUUUUGCAUCCCUGCCCAUCCUGGCUAAUAGCCAUUGCAGAAGGAAAUGGUCCAGGAUAGGGAUAUUUGUGUGCCAGCUUUAAAAGGAAGGGAAACAGCUGGACAUUUUAAAGAAUCUUGUCUGAAGUGGAAGGAAUCCUUAGAACAAACUGGAAAAGAUUUGGUAAGGAAAAAAAAAUAAAUGUAGUAGUUUAAGCUCAUGAUCCAGGGACAGCAAACACAUGGGCAGACGCUAGGCCUGUUGCUUAAUGCACUUCUAGAAGGAGCUCGCAUGCCUUGAGGAUGGGGGCUGUGCCAGAGCCUGAAUAGCACAGAGCACAAGUGUGGGUUUAACAAUCACUGGGGGCUAACUUCACUGCUGGUGCAAUUCCAUUGACUUUCAAUGGGAUUAGGCCAGCAGAGAAUUUAGCCCUUAUACAUUAAAGUAAGGUAGUUUAAAACCUUCCUUGCUUAACACCCAUGCAAAGACUUGAGUUAGGGGUUCUGAAUGUCCCUGGGGAGAGCCGGCCAGCCUGACUCUGGUCUCACAUCACUUCUGCAGCAUGCUAGCUCCACCAAGAGUUGCUUCUAAUUUACCCCACUGUCAGUGCAAUCAGAAUCAAGCCCACCAUCGCUGGCUCUCAACUCUGCUUGGGAAAUAUGAGGAAAAGUCUAGGCACUUGCUAAGCAAUGGCCUGUUCUGGGGAACACACAAAAUCUUGAGUCUAAAUUUUGGCAGAUGGGUAAAAUGAGGAAUGGAUCUGCAGUGAAGAUGGGCCUCAAGCUGCCCACAUUCAGACUGGGGUUCAGAUUUCAAACAGCUUAACAUUUGUGGGUGGCCCCUGCAGAACCAAGGAUUUUGAACUAGGCCCAUAUCCAAUUUCUCAACAUCUUUCUUUUUGUAAUGUAAAUAUUCAUCAUCAUGUAGCCUAAGGAGGUGAUCCAGCCCCCAUUUAAACCAGUGAAAAGACAACUGCAUGCAUUCUGUUAAUGACCCCAAAUGCAUCUGUGAGUCCUAGUCCCAGGUCUGACUCUUCAGAGGCGAGAGAAAUGGUUUAGCCACAGGUCUGGGAGCCAGAGGUCUGCUAGCCCUGAGACUGGCUCCAUCUAUGACCUUGGACAAGUCAUUGGGACCUUAUGUUACAAAACUGACCACUGAUUUUGGGCAUCCAAUCUGAGGUGUAUUAAGGAGUCUCACAUUGAAUUUGGCACCCAAGACCCGAGGCCACUUCUGGAAAAUUAGGGCCACAGCCUCUCUCUGCUUUAGGUUGUCAUAUUCUUGUAAUAGGUGUGAUACCAUCUGCUUCCCUGAGGUAUCGUAUUCAUGACUUACUGUCUGGGAAGCACUUUGCAAAUGUCAAAUGCUAAGAGUCCCCAUAAUCUUAAACAGGUUUCACAAAAUCUUUCCCUUCCACCUUUAUUUAUUCUGUACACACAACACACUUAGGUCAAAAGCCGCAGCACCAUUCAUCUCCUAACACUGACAAAUGUGAACUGUCCUGCCCACCCUGAAUAAAACGCAGUGUUUUUCCCUUGUCUUCUUGCGUGUGACCAAAUGUAUCUUGGGAGCAGACGGCAUAUACCGUGAGGAUCUGUGUGACAAUAACAGAGAGGGAAAGAUACAUCAAGCCAAGAAACAUGGCUGUAUAAAGAAAACUAAGUAAGAAAGAAAAAAAGAUAAUCCUCUUCUUAAAUGCUGCUAUUCUACAUCUACUGUAGCUAUAAAAUCAGGCCUGAUGGGUCACAAUGAUCCCUGAUACAACUCCAUUGCCGCCAGUGGAGGGACCCCAGGGAAGAAUUUGGCCUUGUUUUGUUUUCUUUCUAUGAAAGAAAUUGGUUUUUGUUUUGUUUUGGUUGGUUGUUUUGUUUUGUUUUUUGACUUAGGGGGUGUUUAUUUUAGGGUCAAAGGAAGAAAAAGGGAGGGAAAAGGUUUGAAGUUUUCUACCAACCUACCCUCCUCCUCCCCCCCCCACACACAGGGAGAUACCUGGUCAUGGCUUAGGUGGGUUUCAAUUGGGCAUUUAGUAUCAGGUACUAUGGGUCUGAUCCAAAGCAUAUUGAAGGCAAUGGGAAUCUUUCCCUUGAUUUCAAUGGGCUUUGCAUCUAGUUUUAUGGCAGUUGGGGCCUAAGCCUAAGAGAAGACUGAGUAUAACCCACUUGUAAAGUGUAUGUGUGGUGUCCCCCUCUAGUGGCUAGUCCACAGACAGGACAACACCCUACUACUGCAGCCAGCAUCACUCCUUUAGCUGAAGUGGUAGCGUUUGAUGCUGAAGGGGCUAGGUUCAAGCCUGCUGAGGAUGCGGCAAUGGGAGAGGGUGGUCACAGCAGCACUACCUAAUGGGAGGUGUGGGUUCUCAUCUGAGCAUCGACGCCUCUUCGGAGCUACCAUAGGUUUCUCUUGACUCCUUAACUACAGGUUUGGGAAGAAAUGUAUUAAAAAACAGGCACGCAAAACAAAUCAUGUGGUCGGGCUAAGCUAGGACCCUAGGAUGUAGACAACUUCCUGUCUCCCACGGCCAUGAGCCUUUCCUCCUUCACAGUUGAAGACACCAAGCAGGAAAGACCUUCCAGACAGUGAUGUACCCAGGAAAAUGGGCUGUGUGCCCAGGGCAAUAGCCCCUGUAGCUGCA